CACAUAUCUAUUAGUUCGAGCUAAAUUACUGCUGCUGGUACUUUCGGAGAAGUAGUCGCUUCUUAAAAUAUCUGUAGUUUUUAUUCUGUAUUGAUUCCUUCAGUCACAACUCUACUUUUUAAAUUAUAUUUCCGUUUUUCAUGUUUACGAAUAAUAUAUAGUUGAAUUAUACUCAAAGACUGUAAAUAAAUUUUUAGUUGUGAUAAUAACGUCUUACUUUAAACGGAAUGGCCAAUGUCACUAGAAAACAGGAUGAAUACAAUCUAUCGGUGCUCCGUGAACAACUGUCAUUACCCGCAAAUAAACAUUGUUUUGACUGUCACCAAAGAGGCCCAACAUACGUUAAUGUGACCAUAGGCUCAUUUGUUUGCACAUCAUGCUCAGGAUUAUUGCGAGGUUUAACUCCUCCUCACAGAGUAAAAAGCAUAUCCAUGGCAUCAUUUAGUACUGAAGAGAUAGAAUUUGUCAAAUCCAGAGGGAACGAGAACUGUCAAAGAAUUUGGUUGGGAACAUAUGACAUAGAACAAUCUACUAAAGAUGAAAAACAAAUAAAGGAUUUCAUGAUAGCAAAAUAUGAAAAGAAAAUUUACUACUCAGAUCCAAUUUCUCAAAAGCCUAGAAAUGGCUUUCAAUCAAAAGUUAAUGUAGCACAAAGCAAUAUCCUAAACAACCAAAAUCUUAAUGGUGUAGCUUCUACCAUAACUACAUCAACACCAACCAAAUUUGAUAUAUUUAAAGAAGAACUUGCUGUGCAAUCGUCUCCAUCUUUUGCAAAUUUUGAUAACAACCCAGUGUUUUUAAAUUCUUUUGAUAGUUCAAAAAGUAUUGACUUAAAUUUAAAGUUUAUGCAACCUAGUAAAACUGGAUACUUUGAUUAUUUAACAUCAAAUCCUAUACAUUUUUCACCGUCUAGGAAACCAAACCAUAUUAACAACAGAUGGAGUGUUGCUGUUGAAAGUUCAAGUCCAUGCCCUAGUUGGAAAUCUAAUGGUUCACAAGCUCCAUCUGAAGACCGUUAUGCUGCAUUGAAAGAUCUUGAUUGCUUAAUGAAAUCACAAAAUCAACAAGAUAUUCCUCCUCCUCCUAUGAAUACUAGUAACAGUUCUGCAUGGAGUUCUGAUUCAUCUCUAAAUGGUACAUGGAGUAGUCAAGUUUCAGAAAAUAAUUCAUCACAAAAUCCAUUUAAAGAUAAUAUGAUACAAGAAAGUUGGAUAUCAUCAAACAAUGUAGUUAACCCAUUUGUGAAUUGUAAAGAAGAUGAUUGGCAAAAUAAUUUACAAUGGACAAAUGGUAUAUCAACUAGCCAAUCAAUGGGAUUUAAUGAUUUUAAACCCUGGAACCCAGAUUUCUCUAAUCCUUUUAAGAUUGGUGAAUCGGAUAUUAAUAAACAUUCUAGCAAUCCAUUUUUGUAAAGCACCUUUAGAAUUUUGUAUACAAAAUUGUAAUAAAAAAGUUAUCAACAUUGAUUCUUACAUUAAAAUUAAUGUUAUAUAUAGUUUAAAAAAUUACUUAAUUUAUGUAUGUCUAAAUUAUUUUCACGAGGAAUCAAAAUCAUUGCUAUUUUUUUAAAUAAGCUAUUAAUAUUGAUAAAUAUUUUAAACUUGGAAACAUUGAUGGAUUUUCAUGGGUUUUUAAACUUGCUAUAAAUAAUUAUUUUUCCUAAAUUAAUGUUAAUGCAAUUGUCUAGUCUUGCAAAUAUUUGUAUGAUUUGCUUUUUUAUACAUAACUCCAUUGUAUUAUUUUUAUCAUAAUUGUUUAUUUAUUGUUUAACUCUUAUUUAUUCAUGCAUAUACCUUUAUAUAUAAAUAUAUUUUAAAUAGGUGUUUUAUAAACGACACAUAAGUGUUAUUUAAUGCAUAAAUAAAAAUGUGAUAUUCCUUUAUAAAAUAUGAAUGUUAAAAUUUAUUUCUACUCAAUUGUGCUUGUAUAGUUUUAUGUUGUAACAAUGUGUAUUAUAAAAAUCAUAUUUAGUUUCGAUACUUAUUUUUUAUUUAAUGUCUAAGUACUCAUAUUUAAUUUUUUUUUCAAAUUUGUUAACAAUAUUAUUUUAGUAUUUUGAUCAUGAACAAGUUUUUCUAUAAUUAUAAAUUUAUAAAAAAAUUAAUUUAAUAACUUAAUUAACUUUUUGAAUCUCUUAGAACUAUUUUGUCUGAACUAAAUCUUAAUUGUUAAAAAAAAUUGUACAUAUUAUCUAUAUUAUAUAUUGUAUUUGAUUGCUUUAGUAUACCUAUAUAUCAAUACAUAUUUGUGUGUGUAUGUAUAAUAUACAUAUUAAUGGUAGUAAUCAUACCAAUUAAGAAAUGCUGAAUAUAAAUUUUAUUGUCAAUAACAUAUCUUGUUUGGCGUAAAGACAAUUCAAACAUGCAUUUCCCUGAUAACUAUGUGAGCUUUUCUUUCUCUCUUUAACUAGAAUUGUCUUACAAAAGAUGACAUUAUAAAAUACAUUUAUUGUAUAAAUUAUGAAGUACAUAUUAUUAUAAACUGUGAUAAUACAUAUAAAAUAAUUUUUAUUUUCCUUAAUUUAACUUUCGUUGAAUAAAUUGUGGGCCAUUUAUUUAUCAUUGUUUAUUUUUAUUGUAUAUUUCCAAUUAACAGUAACAUCAUUUUUAAUAAAUUUUUAAUUAUUUUUAAUAAAUCAUUAACUUUCUUAUAAGAUCAUGUAGUAUACAUAUCCAUAUUUAUUUUUCAUUAUUUAAAAAAAAAAAUAUUGGUAUAGUUCUUAGUUUUAUCUUAAGCUAACAAAACAAAAUAAUUACUGUAAAAUUAAAAUCAAAUUUUUAAUUUAUCUCAAUUUUAAAAUAAAAUACAGAAUACGAUUGACUUUAAAAGUUUAUUACUUAGAUUUAAACUCUAAUGAGAUGCUAAAAUUGUUCAAUUCAGUGAAAAUCACAGGGUUAUAUAAUAUAUGAUUAACCUUAUUUUCUUAAAAAUUGUUUUAAUAAUACUAAUUAUUUUGACUAAAUCAUGUAUGUUACAAAAAAUUAGAGAUAAUUCCCUCUUAAAUAAAUAAAUAUAUAUUUAUGGUUAACUAAUUUUUUAAUUUAAGUUGUAUUUUAAUUAUUAAAUCUUUAAAUUGUGUAAAUUUAUAGUUUAAUUAAUUAUAGUAUCAAUAUGCUGUUUUAAACUUUUUUUUCUCUGAAAUAUUGUUAACAAUUAUUAUGUAGGGGGGUGGAUAAAAAAAUAUUAUUAUGGGGUGCAAAUAUUCAAUUGUGGCCCCAUGUUUUAUAUUCAAACAGUAAAUAAGUGCUAAUAUAUCUCUGAUUAAACAAAGUUAUAGGUGUAAUAAAAUUAUUCAGCUACUAAA